AAGCAAAGACAUUACUAUGACCCAUCUGAAGAGGUCGGAUUUGUAAAGCAAAGACAUUACUAUGACCCAUCUGAAGAGGUCGGAUUUGUAUUGGACGAUGCUUGUUGUACAGAGGUCGGAUUUGUAGAGGUCGGAUUCCCGAAGUAAAUACCUUGCUGUGACCAGUGAGUGGAAGUGACAUCUGUAAAGGAUAUACCACAUGACAGUGACGUGUCAGUGACAAUGGCAUGACAUACGACAUGACGUAACAUGGCAAUGACUGACAGUGAUAUGGCAACAUCAUGACUAUGACAUGACAAUGACCAAUCGGAAGAGGUCAUCCUCCAACGGACGCCUGCACAUGCGCAGAACGACCAGGGGCCAGACUCCCGAGUUUUCGUGUUUCCCAGGAUGCAUCUUCUUCUCCACGGCUGCGGACUCUCGCAGGGACAAACGAGACAAGCUGAAUGUUGAGGAUUUCAUCAUUGAUGGCAAGAAAGGAGAGACGGUGGUCAAACAUGCGGGAUCGGUGAACGGUGAACAGAUUGUGGUUCAGAACUGUGAGGACUGCAACAUCUAUGUGUUUGACCACAUAGCUACGGUCAGUGUGGACGACUGCGUCAACUGUAACAUUUUCCUCGGCCCGAUAAAGUCCAGUGUUUUUGUCCGCGACUGCAAGCAGUGUAGACUAGUGGUGGCGUGCCAGCAGUUUAGGACGCGCGACUGUUUUCAGAUCGACACGUUCCUGUUGUGUGGGACGCAGCCAAUCAUAGAGUCCUCCAGCAGGAUGAAGUUUGCCUGUUACAGAUACGCUUACGAACAACUAGACAGUCAGUUCAAGAAGGCGGGUCUGAGCGUGUACAACAACAACUGGUCCAACAUCCACGACUUCACACCGGUCCCGGGGGAGGACGCAAACUUCUCCUUCCUCCCGCUGGAUGCCAAGGUGGAAGACUUUGUGCCGGUCCCCCAAGGUGAGGAGUUGGAGACCAUGAAGAUCUCCGUGAGUGAGGAGCUCAGCUUUGUGCCGCAGACCUGGGGCAAGAGGAGAAAACCCAGCCACGAGUCAUGUCUGGUUGUGUUUUUCAACGACGGAGGUUCAUCAGACCGAGCAGCCAAGUUCCUACACAUGAUGCGUUCACAGCAUCCCCAGUGUGUCUUGAUUCAGUCCAAAGAGGUGUCGAUGGAGCCCGACAACUCACGGCGGGUCUUCGCCUCCGACUCGUAUGCGAACGCCGUCCUUCAAGGUCCAGUGAUUGGCCUUGAGAUGAACGGGGAGGGCAGCGUCGCGAUCUGCCAGGCGGUGGUCCUAGAUCUGAUGAAGGGAACCACGGGACUCGUCUUCUCCAGCCAGUCCCCGCAGUCGGCCGAGGAGCAGAUCGAAGCUUUCUACAACUUUGCUGACAUGCAGAUGGGAAUCUAGGCUCCUCCGCUGGAGGGAAAAGAUUUUAUACAAUGGACAAAUGAAAACAACAACAACCACAACAACUACAAUCACAACAACAACAACCGCAACGACAACAACCGCAACAACGACAACAACAACAACAGAGCUCUUUAUCCAUGUACGGGAUUGUGCAACACAGGUGUUGUUGACAGUUGACUGUUGGUGGAGUGGUUGUUGACAGUUGACUGUUGGUGGAGUGGUUGUUGACAGUUGACUGUUGGUUGAGGUUGUUGGAAGAGAAAAGAGAAAGAAAAUAUGGUGGCCUGAGUAGCCUACAAGAACCCUGUAACCCACACUCUGUCAAAAAACCACCUUUUUUGCUUUUUACUUCUAAAUGUAACGUUGCGGAUUUUAUGUCAAAUUGUUUGACAUGCAGCUUAAUAAGCAUCGCCAGUUCAACAUUCCGACUUUAAAUUUUACCGAACUUUGUUAGAUGAAUUGACAACGUUUUUUCCUUCUCCGGUAAAAUUUGGUUUUUGUGGGAUACAGGCUUGUGGUACCCGGGCGAUGAGAUGGUGUUUAUGUUUGCCACGUUUGUCGGACAUCAUCAGCUGUUGUGUCAUGUUGGUGAGUGUCUCGUCUCCACUGUCGGACAUCAUCAGCUGUUGUGUCAUGUUGGUGAGUGUCUCGUCUCCACUGUCAGACAUCAUCAGCUGUUAUAUCUUACUGGUGAGUGUCUCGUCUCCACUGUCAGACAUCAUCAGCUGUUAUAUCUUACUGGUGAGUGUCUCGUCUCCACUGUCAGACAUCAUCAGCUGUUAUAUCUUACUGGUGAGUUUGUCGUCUCCACUGUCAGACAUCAUCAGCUGUUAUAUCUUACUGGUGAGUGUCUCAUCUCCACUGUCAGACAUCAUCAGCUGUUAUAUCUUACUGGUGAGUGUCUCGUCUCCACUGUCAGACAUCAUCAGCUGUUAUAUCUUACUGGUGAGUGUCUCGUCUCCACUGUCAGACAUCAUCAGCUGUUUUGUCUUGUUGGUGAGUUUGUCGUCUCCACUGUCAGACAUCAUCAGCUGUUAUAUCUUACUGGUGAGUGUCUCGUCUCCACUGUCAGACAUCAUCAGCUGUUAUAUCUUACUGGUGAGUGUCUCGUCUCCACUGUCAGACAUCAUCAGCUGUUAUAUCUUACUGGUGAGUGUCUCGUCUCCACUGUCAGACAUCAUCAGCUGUUUUGUCUUGUUGGUGAGUGUCUCGUCUCCACUGUCAGACAUCAUCAGCUGUUAUAUCUUACUGGUGAGUGUCUUGUUGGUGAGUUUGUCGUCUCCACUGUCAGACAUCAUCAGCUGUUAUAUCUUACUGGUGAGUGUCUUGUUGGUGAGUUUGUCGUCUCCACUGUCAGACAUCAUCAGCUGUUAUAUCUUACUGGUGAGUGUCUUGUUGGUGAGUUUGUCGUCUCCACUGUCAGACAUCAUCAGCUGUUUUGCCUUGUUGGUGAGUUUGUCGUCUCCACUGUCAGACAUCAUCAGCUGUUUUGUCUUGUUGGUGAGUGUCUCGUCUCCACUGUCAGACAUCAUCAGCUGUUAUAUCUUACUGGUGAGUGUCUUGUUGGUGAGUUUGUCGUCUCCACUGUCAGACAUCAUCAGCUGUUAUAUCUUACUGGUGAGUGUCUUGUUGGUGAGUUUGUCGUCUCCACUGUCAGACAUCAUCAGCUGUUUUGUCUUGUUGGUGAGUUUGUCGUCUCCACUGUCAGACAUCAUCAGCUGUUAUAUCUUACUGGUGAGUGUCUUGUUGGUGAGUGUCUUGUUGGUGAGUUUGUCGUCUCCACUGUCAGACAUCAUCAGCUGUUAUAUCUUACUGGUGAGUGUCUUGUUGGUGAGUGUCUUGUUGGUGAGUUUGUCGUCUCCACUGUCAGACAUCAUCAGCUGUUAUAUCUUACUGGUGAGUGUCUUGUUGGUGAGUGUCUUGUUGGUGAGUUUGUCAUCUCCACUGUCAGAACAGAGGGCCAUCAGGCGGGGCAGAAAACAGCUGAGAUCUUUCCGGGAUAUUGCACGGACUUGGUUAGAGUCUAGAUCUAUUUUAAAUGAGCAAGGAGCAUUUUUUUGAAAGAUUGUCGAUGGCUACUAGUGUGGAUGAGUCUGCCUUUGGAACAAAGUUUUUCAUUGUUUGUUCUGUUGUUGUGGUGUUGGGGAAGCGGGGGUUGAGUGUGAGUUGUUGUGUUGUUGAGUGUGAGUUGUUGUGUUGUUGAGUGUGAGUUGUUGUGUGUUAUUUAGGGCUGAAUGAAUUAAUUAUGCUGUAAAAGAUUUCGUGAUGGGUGGAACUUUUGUGAGUAUUGUGUUACGACUUUCGUGUGGUGUGUAAACUGUUUCG